ACCCUACGUGUCGGACGUAAGAAGCUGACGUGACGCACUCUCUCCCAGCCUGCUGCUGGACUCCGCCGCCUCUCCUUCACUCCGCCACAAACACUAGCUACUUCACCUUCGGUAGAGACUACGGCUGUGCACCGAUUGUAAACCAAAGCGGUCAGCAGGGGUCAUGAGGCUGUCGGAGGCCCUGGUUGCCGUUCAGAGCAGCUGAAGCAGACAUGGGCAGAGAAGUCUCGAAUGGCAUCGGCAGGCUCGGCCUCAUCGACUUCACCAGCCAUAUCCUCCUUCGCCACAACCACCACUGGCAGCGCAACAAGUUCUCUGUAUUUGCCAGCAUCUCCCAGUAAGACUUUGCAAUGAGAAUGUCCGACACAGUUGACACUGAAACGAUGAAGGUGUCCGAGGCUGCCGACACGGUGUCCUCACCGAAAGACAACAGCGCCACCAAGUCUGAGGUCACCGACCAGAAACAGAGCGGCAGAGACGACCACGGCAGCAACAAUAAGAGGGAUGCACAGCCUCUGAAGUACUCUAAGUCCAACACCAGGCUAAAGCUCGUGCGGAGCCUGGCAGUGUGCGAAGAGUCCUUUCCUUGCCCUAUUCCUGAGCCUUCAGCAGCACCUCAGGAUGGAUUCCUUCUCCAGCCCUUUGAAAAGGAAGAUCGCGCCGCACCGGACCAAGCGGAGAAAGAUGACAGCUGCAAUAAGGUGGACAAACCAGAGAAAACACCAAAAAAGAUGCUUUCGAGAGAUUCCAGUCAAGACUACACAGAUUCAACUGGGAUUGAUCUCCAUGAGUUCCUGGUCAACACAUUGAAAGGCAACCCCAGGGAUCGAAUCAUGCUACUGAAGUUGGAACAGGACAUCUUGGACUUCAUCAGCAAUAAUGAAAGCCAACAGAGAAAGUUCCCGCCCAUGACGUCCUAUCACAGGAUGCUUGCACAUCGAGUGGCAGCCUACUUCGGCAUGGACCACAACGUGGACCCCAGUGGGAAGUCGGUGGUGAUCAACAAAACCACCAACACUAGAAUACCUGAUCAGAAAUUCUCUGAGCACAUCAAGGAUGACAGGGCGGACGAUUUUCAGAAACGCUACAUUCUCAAACGAGACAACUCCAGCUUUGAUCGCGAAGACAGCACGAUUCGAAUGCGUUUGAAAGCUGACAAGAGGAGCAAAUCGAUGGAGGAGAGGGAGGAGGAGUACCAGCGAGCCAGAGAAAGGAUAUUUGCACAUGAUGGAGAUCACUUCAUACUUGAUAGAAGUGCUCAGGAUGAAGACGCAUGCAUGAGCACCCAACAGAGGCGGCAAAUGUUCAGGUUACGGGCUGGUCGUUCAGGAGCCAGCCGGCAGAGCAGCUCCGAGACCGAAACGCUGCCGCGGCACGGCGAACCACGGCCCUGGAGCAGCACCGACAGCUCGGACAGCUCCAACCGGCUCGCUCCGCGGCCCGCCAUCACCAAGGCCAGGAGCUUCAGCGGCAUCUCCCCUGGCCUCGUCCGGGGGGACAGCACGGCCAGCAGCAAGAGCACGGGGAGGCUCUCCAAAACAGGUUCAGAAUCAUGCAGCAGCGUCGGCUCCUCGUCCAGCUCACUAUCCCGUCCCCAGCUGCCUCUCCCCGUUUCAGCCUCGUCCUGGUCCAACAUCCCCAGCGCCCCCUUGAUCCACCCGGCUGCCGACACCAGAGGCUCGGGGCCCCCUGAGAUGAUCAAGAGCGUCCCUUCACAGCCACCAUCUGCUACAGAAGCAACCAACUAUUACGUGUUGCCGCUGGAAGCCUCAGGGAUACCACCCGGCAGCGUUUUUGUCAACCCACACACAGGCAAGCCUUUCAUCCACCCCGAUGGCAGCGCUGUAGUUUACAACCCAGCCGCCGUCGCCUCGGCUGCAGGCAGGAACCCACAGCAGGGGAAAACCCUGCAGCAGCCAAUCCCUGCCCCGACGCAACAACACCAAACCAAUCACCUCCACUCACAGCCGAUCUGUCCUCCUCUCCAGCUGUCUUCUGAGCCUGUCCACAACCCAAUGGUCUCGUAUCCUCUUCCUCCUCCUCCUCUUCCUCCUUCUCAGUUCCUGCCCGUCUGUCCUAACCAACAGUACACUGUGCCCGACACCCUCAACGCCCAGUUCAGUCACAUGACUCUGGCGCAGCAGCAGCCCAGCGACGGCGGGGCUUCAGCUCCGGACAACCGCCAUUUCCCCACCGUAUACCACCACCACCACCACCCCUCCUCUAUGGUACUGCAGGGAGCUCCUCCCCCACAGCAGCAGCAGGUUGCUAGCUACAUGGUGGCAGGGCCAUCAGGAGGACACCCAGGGGUGCUGCAGGGCCAGCCCAUGGCGCUUCAGACCCCGGCCCCCAACCACGCAUACCCCAGUUCCACCCCGGGCCCUGCUGCUUUCCCCGGGUCCACACUGAACCAGCAGCUCCUCCAGCAACACACGUACAUCCAGCAGCCUGUCCAGCAGAUGUCCACGUGUUACUGCUCGACAGCCCACCACCCCCACUGCUCUAGCCAGCAGCAGCAGCAGCAGCAGCAACAGCAGCAGCAGCAGCACCACUACCGACCGCCCGUCAACCCGCUGCCCUAUAACUGUCCUCAGAGCCAAAACCUGCCCCAGCAACAAGUGCACCAAGCCGUGAUGCCAAACCCAGCGUCCAGCUACCAGACCGUAGUGGGCGUGCAGCCAACCACCAACCUCGCUCUCACUGGCAACCAGCAAAGCAAUAUGGGCAACCAGAUGCAAGGCAUGAUGGUCCAGUACCCUCCAAUGCAGUCUUAUCAGCAGGUUUCUGUGCCACAGCAGACGUACCAGCAGCCUGUGUUUGUGUCCUGUCAGCCGGGGCAGGGAGCAGUGGCUGUCGCUGGCGUGCAGCCCUGCUACAGCCUGCUCCCUCCAAACCAGCACACCACCAUGAGCUCUACAGUGAGUUUCCUGCCUGCCCAGAUGAUGGAGCAGCUCCAGUUUCCUCAGACCUCGUCCCACUGCGUCUCCCAGCAGCACCCAGGCCAGCAGUACGCAGGGUUGUUACCCCCAGGCCCCAGCAGCAGCAUGGUGAUGCUGCAAAUGACAGCACCCCCCUGCCAGCAGCCCCGGGCCCCCUCCCCCUGCCAGCGGAAACAGCCCAACCACAAACAGCCGGGCGCCGAGCACCAGCGCAGCCGCAGGCCUGCCGAGCUCCCCCCGCCUCCAGACAACACCCAGAGCAGCUUGCCCUCGUCCCCGGCACUCACUCCCUUGCCAGGCCAGCCGCCCAGCGUCAAGGGCCUCCCAUCAGGCAUCUCGUCCAUCCCUGUCAUGGCCCACCACCCGCACCACCACCACCACCCGCAGCUCCCUACAGCCUUCUGCCACAGUGGACAAGGUGAGGCACACUACUCUCUACUGGGUCAGCCUCUGCAGUACAAACCCGCCAUCAGACCUCCGCUGAUACACACUGCCCACAUGGUGGCCAAACACCAGGGUCCACUGGGGGUUUGGCGUAGCGGUCAUGGGAGGAAGGCCAGCAGAAAACCUCUGUCUUCAGAUCUCAGUGUAGGUGAAGCAGUGAGCAGUCAGAUCCUGGAAGUGACAGAUCCUCCGGAGGGGAUCAGCUGUACAGACUCCCACCACCUCCUGGCAGAGCUCUGCAAAGGGGGCGAAUUGAUCCAGCGGCUGUCGGACCAUCGGCCCCGGCUGUGCAACACGACCAGAGACGCUCCCAGCAGGGACCUGGCCUCAUCGUACUCCAUCUUCGCCAUGCUACCCUCCAGAUUUUCUGCCCCAAGCACCACGUUUCACCACAUCGGCCCCCGGGCCACCUUUAAACUCCGAACUAGUGCCAGACACAGAGGGGAGCUGUGUGACUCGGACAAAGCCGGCUCAUAGCUGCUAAGAUCUUGGCGCACCGAAGGAGCGCCACGUGUACGCACAUCCAACCACCUGCCUCUGCUGCCUCAGUCGGGACUGUCUCGGUUUUAGUCCCAGACUCUGUCCAAAUCAAAAACCGUAUCCAAUGUUUGAAGAAUGAAUGUUCACUUUUAUUUAGUUUUAGUUAAUUUUAUCUUUUUUUUUUUUUUCUGGCCAACAGGUCUGUGCAGGGUGGAAACUGAGCACCACCUACCAGUUUGGUUUUUGUUUGUGAGACGCGUCCACGGCUGCUGAGGCCCUCCCCCCUCCCAUCUCUCUUCCUCCCCUAAAAAAAAUCUAGUUUGCUGUUAGAAAGUGUUUGGAAAGCUUUGGGAUUCAUUCGCCAGCUGUUUUAUUAAUUGCAGGUUGUGCACGUGUGACAGCAUCAUACGUAUACGCAUAACCUGCUUGUUUCUGGUUCAAGAAUGUUUAUGAGAAUUAGACUUGUUUCAGCUGGGUCUCUGUCUCAUGUCAUCACAAUCAAACUGAGCAUCCAUAUCAAAGCAAUUUUAUUUAAUUCAGCGUUCAAUCCAUCCUCCCGUCAUGUGUGUCCUAGCUUGAUCCCAGCCCACUAAAACAGAGCAUUAUUUAGGUACACAAGAACAGGUUCCUCCUCUUGUUUUACUCUUGUACAAUGUGAGCCCAUACAAUAAUCAACACUGAAUAAUAGAUAUACUACCUGAAAUAUUUAAAGUCACUUUUAUACACAGUGAAUGUUGGAUUUGCACUGAAGUGAUGAAGGAGAUGGAGAUUUGAUUGGUAUAGGACCCCCCGGGCCUGGAUUUUUCUUUUAUUUACCCCCCUCGUACCUGUUUGUUGCACUCGGCCAGGCCACUUUCUUUUAUAUUUAAUUAAAAUGUUUAUAUGCACAAGAAAAAUGCAAUCGAGUUUGUCCAUCUACUUGGCUUCUUUUCUUUCUUUCUUUUUUUUUGGUUUUUGAUUUGUUGGUGGAGUUGGAGGAGGAGUUCAGUGUCUGGUGUGGCAUUUUCUUUCUUUCUUUCUUUUUCUUUUGUUUGACUCUAAUAAAUGUUUGCACCACA